GGCUCCAGUCAUUUUCGUUAAUGAGUCCUUCCGACUAACUUAGUGUGCUGCCAAACUUACGGAUGAAAGUCUUCUUGAACGAGAGACGACCAGCGGCGGGAGCUCGUCGAACGACCUGCUGGUCCGUAACCCUAGCACUCGCGCCACAUCCCAGCCUUCGAUCCUCUCUCACAGCCUACUAGCUUUCUUCGCCGGACAUCUCGGCCUUCAUAGGCUUCGAACUCGGAGCCUCUUCUCUGCUAGUCUGCCAAAGGGUUGAAGACUCUUCUUGGCUCAACUUCUCAGAUGGAGUACGUGAAUCCCGAAGGGCUUCGCCUAGAUGGUCGCCGUCCCAUGGAGAUGAGGCAGAUACGAGCAGAGAUUGGUGCUGUGUCCAAGGCUGACGGUUCUGCUGUUUUUGAGAUGGGUAACACAAAAGUCAUUGCUGCAGUAUAUGGCCCUAGAGAGGUUCAAAAUAGGAGCCAACAAAUAAGUGACCAGGCAUUGGUGCGCUGCGAGUAUAGCAUGGCUAAUUUUAGUACUGGAGAUCGCAUGAGAAAAUCAAAGGGUGACAGGCGAUCUACUGAGAUAUCUCUGGUAAUUCGUCAGACAAUGGAAGCAUGCAUAUUGACACACUUAAUGCCUCGUUCUCAGAUAGAUAUUUUUGUCCAAGUUCUCCAGGCAGAUGGAGGAACAAGAUCUGCUUGCAUCAAUGCUGCCACUUUGGCCCUUGCAGAUGCUGGAAUUCCAAUGCGUGAUCUUGUGACAUCUUGUAGUGCAGGAUACCUUAAUAGUACACCACUUCUCGAUUUGAACUAUGUGGAAGAUAGUGCUGGAGGCCCUGAUGUCACUGUUGGGAUUUUACCUAAAUUGGACAAAGUGACUCUUCUUCAGAUGGAUGCUAAGUUGCCUAUGGAUAUGUUUGAAAAUGUUAUGCAACUUGCCAUGGAAGGCUGCAAGGCAGUGGCAAAUUACAUUCGAGAAGUAUUACUGGAGAAUACCAAGCAGCUUGAGUUUCGGCGGGGUGUAUAGGUUAGAUGGCAGUUUUAACUUGGGGAUGUUAGAUGCAACUUCACUUGGGCAAUGACUGCAGUACAAGUCAUCAUAUGCAAUGUAUUUCUAAUUUAUUUUAAUUGUUAUAUUUUUGUUUCAAACUAUUAUAAAACUGUUUAGGAGGAUGAGUUUUAGGCUUUAGAUUUGUGCUUGAAUGGAUUUGGUUAAAGAGUCCAUGCAAUUUUGUAUUAUGUUAAAAUUUACACAAAUGUAAACCCUAGCUUCUAACAAACACAAGCUAACUCAUAUUUUAUGUUUAUUUAUUGAUUCGUUUAAAAAUUUAA